AUGACCUUGUUAGUGGGCGGUUUUGAGUCCCACGUUUUAUUCGACUCUGGAGCAUCGAAUUGCUUCAUUACACCGGAGCGUGCCGAGAAGAGUGGCAUCCGGAGUAGCGCGGGCGAGAGCGCGGGCAUGGUCAAGGUGGCGGGAGGUGGAUUCUUGUCUACUUUGGGCCGUGCUAGAGGAGUCGAGAUCGAGAUUGCGGGGCAGUCAAUGCCAGCAGACUUAGUCAUCAGUCCGGUGGAGCUGUAUGACGUUAUUCUCGGGAUGGACUGGUUGUCACACUACAGAGUUCAUCUGGAUUGCUACAGAGGUAGAGUGGUCUUCGAGCGAGAUGCAGGGAGGUUGGUUUAUCAGGGAGUGAGACCGACUUCCGGGAGUAUUGUGAUAUCUGCUAUUCAGGCCGAGCAGUUGUUAGAGCGGGGCUGUGAGGCGUAUCUGGCGACGAUUUCUAUGUCUGAGUCAGGAGCUGGAGUUGUUAUGGGAGAUAUUGAGGUUGUCCAGGAUUUUGAGGAUGUCUUUCAGUCACUGAAGGGAUUACCACCAUCUCGGUCUGAUCCUUUCACGAUUGAGUUAGAGCCGGGGACAGCACCGAUAUCGAAGACGCCUUACAGGAUGGCGCCAGCUGAGUUGGCAGAGCUGAAGAAGCAGAUAGAGGACCUUUUGUCUAAGGGGUUCAUUCGACCGAGUGUUUCACCGUGGGGAGCACCGGUGUUGUUUGUGAAGAAGAAGGAUGGAGUUUCAGACUUUGUAUCGAUUACAGAGAUUGACUUGGCAUCGGGGUAUCAUCAGAUCCCGAUAGAUGAGGCAGAUGUCAGGAAGACUGCUUUCAGGACGCGUUAUGGGCAUUUUGAGUUUGUGGUUAUGCCUUUCGGUUUGACUAACGCGCCGGCAGCCUUCAUGAGAUUGAUGAACGACGUGUUCAGGGAGUAUUUGGACGUGUUUGUCAUCAUUUUCAUUGAUGAUAUUCUGGUAUACUCGAGGAGUCAGGAGGAGCAUGCGACUCACUUGAGGUUGGUUCUGGAGAAGCUUCGGGAGCAGAAGCUUUUUGCUAAGUUGAGCAAGUGCAGUUUCUGGCAGCGAGAGAUGGGAUUUCUUGGCCACAUUGUUUCUGCAGAGGGAGUUUCUGUGGAUCCGGCUAAGAUUGAGGCUAUCAGAGAUUGGCCUAGACCUAGUAGUGCCACCGAGAUCAGGAGUUUUCUGGGUUUGGCAGGAUACUACAGGAGGUUCGUCAAGGGGUUUGCUACCAUGGCGCAGCCGAUGACGAAGUUGACCGGGAAGGAUGUCCCGUUUGUUUGGUCAGCUGAGUGUGAGGAGAGCUUUAGUCAGCUCAAGGAGAUGUUGACUACUACACCAGUGUUGGCGUUACCCGAGCCAGGGAAGCCUUACAUGGUGUAUACAGAUGCUUCAGGCAUUGGUCUUGGUUGUGUGCUGAUGCAGGAGGGCAGAGUGAUAGCAUAUGCUUCGAGACAGUGGCAGGGCAGUGAGCGUAACCGUCCUACACAUGACUUAGAGUUGGGAGCAGUGAUCUUCGCGUUGAAGAUUUGGAGGUCUUACUUGCUAGGUGAGACAGUACAGGUCUUCACGGAUCACAAGAGUUUGCAGCAUAUCUUCACUCAGCCGAUGAUGAACGCGAGACAGACGCGCUGGGUUGAGUUCUUGGCGGACUAUCAGGUGAGCAUUAACUACCAUCCGGGCAAGGCUAACCUAGUGGCGGACGCGUUGAGUAGACGGAGGUAUGAUUCCGCAGUUGAGCGAGAUGUGGAGUCUCUAGUUGGCGAGAUCAGUACCUUGCGUUUGUGUGCCAUUUCGCAGGAGCCUUUGGGUUUAGAGGCAGUGGAUCAGGCGGAUCUACUUAGCAGGAUCAGAGUUGCUCAGCAGAGUGAUCAGAGUUUGCUGGAUGCGACGAGAGUGACUGGUUCUGAGUAUGAGGUCUCUGCGAAUGGGACUAUCUUGGUUCGUGGGCGAGUUUGUGUGCCUAAGGAUGUGGAGUUGAGACAUCAGAUUUUGGGAGAGGCUCAUGCGAGCAAGUUUUCCAUUCAUCCAGGAGCGACCAAGAUGUACCAUGACCUCAAGAGGUACUAUCAUUGGGUCGGGAUGAAGAGGGAUGUAGCAGACUGGGUUGCGAAGUGCAACACUUGUGCCUUGGUGAAGGCAGAGCAUCAGGUUCCGGGUGGUCUUUUGCAGAGUUUACCCAUUCCAGAGUGGAAGUGGGACAGGAUUACGAUGGAUUUCGUGGUUGGACUACCUGUUUCGAGGACUUUCGAUGCUAUUGGGAAGUUUGUGCGAGAGAUUGUGAGGCUGCAUGGAGUGCCAGCUAGUAUUGUGUCAGACCGUGAUCCCAGAUUCACUUCAGAGUUUUGGAGAGCGUUUCAGGCAGAGAUGGGCACUAAGGUGCAUUUGAGUACAGCUUAUCAUCCGCAGACAGAUGGUCAGUCAGAGAGGACUAUUCAGACUUUGGAGGAUUUGCUGAGGAUGUGUGUGUUGGAUUGGGGUGGCCAUUGGGCAGAUCACCUGAGCUUAGUUGAGUUUGCAUACAACAACAGCUUUCAGGCGAGUAUUGGCAUGGCUCCAUUUGAGGCUUUGUAUGGGAGGCCAUGUAGGACACCCCUAUGCUGGACCCAAGUGGGGGAGCGCAGCAUGUAUGGAGCUACUUAUGUUCAGGAGACGACAGAGAAGGUUCGUGUUGUGAGGCUGAACAUGAAGGAGGCUCAGGAUAGGCAGAAGAGUUAUGCAGAUAGACGCAGACGAGAGCUUGAGUUUCAGGUGGAGAUAGAGUUUAUCUCAAGAUGGCUAUGUUGA